CUGUAAAUUACACAGCUCACUUUUACACAUCAGGCUAAAAUAGCCACGAGGAGGAUACAGUAAGAGCAAAGUAACAAUUGGGAUUGUUCUUACGCGUUACACUAAAAACAAACUAAACUCGUAAAGCAGAGCCGUCUUCCUAAUUUUCACCAGAUACUCUUUAUACAGCCAGCUGUAAUGGAAAGCCAAGAACUUUUUCUUCUCUGUGCUUAAUGUCAACAAUGGCAAUUUUCAGAAGAGGAGCUUCAAUCGCGAAAAGAAAAACGUUGUUGGCUAUUUUUUUAAUGACACUGUUUAUGUUGAUCUUGUACCUGAACGCAGGAGAACAACGAGAAAGUCUUCGCUUAUGUUCGGAAGGCAUCCUGGACGGAAGUCAAUACACCAAGCAAACAAACGGACAUUUCCUGAGUGUCAAUCAACAAAGACCUUGUCAACUUCGUCAGUACACCACUGAAGAUACCGUAUCGUGUUUAGAUCGGCUUUCAACCAUUAAAAAUAAUCCAUCAGCUGAUGCAAAACCACGAAAUAAAUUCCACAUUGCUUUUGCAGGUGACUCGAGAAUCCGCAUUCAAUACCUCAGUUUCCUCAAGUUAAUUCCGGAUUACGACCGAGACUCGAAAAUGGACCCAACUGCCAAACAUAAAGACGCAGAUAUGGUCAGUCCCAUGUUUGGGGAUUUGCUAAUCAGUUUCCGUUGGCGUCCGCUAAUCGCCGGUAAAGUGAUCGAUGAUUUAAUCCGAUGGAUCGAUAUUCUUGACAAAGGCAUUAAGCAAAGAAAGAACAGCAGUGAUUAUCCUCCUGAUGUUCUCAUCAUCGGCAUGGCGUCGUGGGACAUGUUGCAACAAGAAGGUGAUGAUCAUCUUUGGUACCAAAACGGAGUGCAAGGAUUGGUUCCAUUGCUCCAGAAGCUCAUGUUCCACAGCAAAGACGUCGUCACAGCCAAAUCCAGUGAUGUGCGUGAUCGUAAAAUCAUUUGGUUAAACCAGUACACUACAUUUGAUUUCUUCGCUGACAACGGUGGAGCUAAUCGCGUCAUUUACAAAGAGAAGCUCCAACAUUACAAUCAAAUUGCUCGACAAAUAUUCAGGGGCAGUGGCAUUACAGUGUGGGAUUCCGGUGACGCCAUUGCUGAAGAAGCCGUUCGUGCAUGCAAACUGCAUCACCGCUACGAACGCGUCAAAGACUUUAUGAGCGUGGCCUACAUCAAUUGCAAAGAUUACAUUCACGCUGGUUAUGUGGCAUUGCAACAAAUGACUCAACUCCUCUACAAUGACGUGUGCAAUAAUCAAUCUGCUGAAAAUUAACGUCUCUUGUUGAAUUAAGUAUUUUAUUGAUAGAAAACUAGAACGACUUUUGAUG